AAGCAAUUCUUCCAUUGAAAAACAACCUAAAGUCACUGUAUAUAAAACCGGCAAUCUUUCCCAAACCUCAUUCGAAAACUAACAUCGAACGCAAAAUCCCAAAAAUGAAAAUUAUUUUAUGUCUUCUUGCCCUCGCCAGUGUCGCACUUGGCAAAAAGUGCUUUUUGGCUGACGACACUGAUAAACUUGAAGAAUUCAUCACAGAAUGUAAGACUAAAACUGGAGUCGCUGAAGAUAUCCUCCAAAAGGCUCGAAACGGGGAGAAAAGCGACGAUCCCAAAUUGAAGGAACACGCUUUGUGCAUGAUGAAGAAAUCCGAGAUGAUGGACGAUGCUGGAGAAUUGCAAAUGGAGAAGAUUAGGGCUAGGAUCAAGCAUGCCGUGAGCAAUAAAGAGGAAGGAACCAGAAUUAUGACCGAAUGUGCUGUGAAGAAAGACACGCCUAAGGUGACGGCCUACGAGAUGAUUUGUUGUCUAUACCGCAAUAAAAAUGCGAUUGACAAUUGAAGAAAAGGGGAAAAGUUUAAUUUCUUUCAACUGUUUAUUUUAUGUUGAAUAAAAAUUAGAUACUUGCUAA